UUCACCCCCCUUUCGCGGCUUAGUGCCUAGCCCAGAUCAUGUCCUACUAACGCACUCCUAGCGAGAAACAAACAUAUUUGGCUAGCUAGCUAAAGAUUGUGGAACCUUAUCUUUGGAAAUAUAAUAAUUACUGUGAAAUUCGUUUGUUUUAAAACGUGUAACUUCUAACCGUUUCCACACCUCUUUUUUUUUCAAUUGAAUAAGAUGUCAACUCCAGCAAGACGACGUUUAAUGAGAGACUUUAAACGACUUCAAGAGGACCCUCCUGCUGGAGUUAGUGGAGCCCCUUCUGAAAACAAUAUCAUGGUGUGGAAUGCCGUUAUUUUUGGCCCAGAGGGAACCCCUUUUGAAGAUGGAACUUUCAAACUCACAAUAGAAUUCACAGAGGAAUACCCUAACAAGCCUCCGACAGUGCGUUUUGUCUCCAAAAUGUUUCAUCCAAACGUCUAUGCAGAUGGUAGUAUAUGCUUGGACAUUCUUCAGAACCGCUGGAGUCCGACAUAUGAUGUUUCUUCAAUCCUAACUUCAAUACAGUCUUUACUGGAUGAGCCGAAUCCGAACAGCCCAGCCAACAGCCAGGCAGCUCAGCUGUACCAGGAGAACAAGCGGGAGUAUGAGAAGAGAGUGUCUGCCAUCGUGGAACAGAGUUGGCGUGAUUGUUGACCCCCUCACCAUUCACAAAGAAUGAACAAUAUCCAGCCUCAAGUCAAAAUGAAAACACAGAAGACAAAUAUCUCAUAAAGGAAAUGAAAUGCACAUCAUGGUUUGAAUCUUUCUCCGCAUUAUGUGUGUCUGUAGUGAGGUUUGUAUGUUGUUGUAUCACUUCAUGCAGAAUGCUCUUCCUGGACAAGAGCACAUCUUCAUUAAAGUAAAUGUACGUUGUUAUAUCUGGGUUACUUACAAUGUAAUUUACCCCCAUAUUUUUAUCUUGAGGCAAAAGGGUAUGUUCAUUUGGAGUUACUUUUGUAUCUUGUCAUUUUAGUGGUUUUAAGUCCUCUACAGUGUGAUUUGCUGUGUGGAUCAACAUUUUUUUCUUGUUUUCUAUUCUUUGAAUGUUUUGUUUCUAGCUUCUCUCGCCCAUUUGCCUUUUUGAAGCUUUAGGAUGAUAUUAACUAAGAAACAAUUUGAUGAACACCUGUCAUGGACUUCUAUUCCCAACCAAUGUCAAUCUCAAUAUCCUAUCCUUUUUUUCAUGCACAAACCGUGUUCUUGUUGGGGCUUUGUGCCAAAUGGCGCUUUCAUCAAUGAAUGAUAUACAUCAGGAAUCAAGUGUUUCAGAAAGGGACGUACUUGGUGCACUUUCAAAAGUCCUGUAACUGUAUGUUGAAACAACAAAAAAACGAAGUAACUAUGUUUCCAUGCACAGUUUUAUGCAAGUUACGUAAUGUCGUGUGUGUGUGUGUAUAAAAAAAUCACGCCAGCUGUGAUAGAAAAAGGAUGUUUCGGUGUAAUUUUAUAAAUGCCAGAUAAUUUGUUUGUUUGAUACGGUGGGAUCUUUUUGUGUCGGUUAAAUUAAUUAUGUGGGAAAUGGCAGUGGCAAUGCCUUUAUGCGUAAAUAUUGAUAACCAUAAUAUUCAAGUACAUUUGGAGUCGUGGUGAUAUGGUGUGUGUGAUCUUCCCACUACAACUCGGUUUAUGCAGUUUAUUAGGCUGCAGUUGAAAUAAGUUCUGAUUAACUUCACAGGGGGGUGAAAGUGCAUGUGAUGAGCUUAAUGCUGCUUUCCAAUAAAUAUCGAGGGUCUUAUUCUGGUGA